AUGAAUUCAAAAGUUACAAUAUUAACGGCACCUUCGCUACAAAACAGCAGCUGUACUCAUCCCCGUUAUAGCACGAGUCUAUUCGCUGGAGUCACCGCGGGGGAUGUACUACAAGCGACGAUCGUCUUGCUUUUAACCCUUAUUGUCCUUGUAGCCAAUAUUCUGCUUAUACUAGUCAUUAAUAGUAGAAGGUACUCCAAAUAUAUUCACUCGCAGCCAAGGUACUUGCUUACAUCGUUGGCAAGUAAUGAUCUUGCAAUUGGAUUACUUGUAAUACCAUUCGCAAUUGUACCAUCUUUACGAAAAUGUUGGCCGUAUGGAGAACUCGUUUGCCAAAUACAGGCUCUUCUUCGAGGUGCCCUAAGUCAACAAUCUGCUGUAAUAUUAAUAUGUAUGGCUGUGGAUCGAUAUUUGUACAUGCUCCAUCCCCAUCGCUACCAAAAGCAUUCCAGUAAAAAGGGCUGCGUUGCAAUAAUAAGUUUGACAUGGAUUAUGUCUAUGACUCUAUUUUCUAUCCUGGUGCUUCCCCGAGGCGGUUACUAUUUCAACUCGACGGGAAUGGUUGCGUGCGAACCCUUUUAUUCGCGUGCCUCCAUCCGAAUCCUGACCGCCUGCGGGUUCUACUUUCCUACCACCAUGAUUCUUAUGUAUUGCUACGGAUCCGCGUUUCAUGUUAAUAAAUUAGGACUGAAAACUAAUGUCUCUCUCCCGACUCAUCCACCGGAAACUGCCACUGUCAGCGAAAACUGCACCAGCUCCAUUCAUACAAUGGAAAAGGGCCUGAGUGCUACAACGUCAAGGACAAUGGCCGCGAUAUCUUUAGGGUUUAUAGUUUUAGUAACACCAUGGACAAUCCAAGAGGUUGUGGUGGCUUGCACUGGCACAAGAGCACCCCCAACCCUCGACUUCUUAGUCACCUGGUUAUCCAUGAGCCACACCUUCUGGAACCCCUUCCUCUAUUGGUUGCUCAACAAUCAAUUCCGAAGAAUUUGUAGGGAGUUAUUUUUUACUCGGAUUUUUUGCAGAACCAUGAGCAAGAAGAAGAGUAUUCAGCACAGUUGUUGCAACAAUAGUCCUGUGAUAAUUCGUCACAAGGAGGGUUGCGAUUUUCAAGGACUCUCCGAGAAAUAUUGGGGAGAAAUCCUUGAUCGGACAUUGUCCAGUAAUUCUUUGCAAAAUCUACAUCGCAGUUUUUCGCACCCGCACGUGAACUGUUACACACCCACGGCUCAUGACCUUUGCAUCCUAGAUUUAGGGGUGCCGGCGUUAUGA